AUGGCAUCAAGCAAUCCGUCGGGCUCCUCCAUACCCGGUCCUCGGCCGUCGCAGGUUUCUAUGCCGGAACACGAGACUGAACCAGAGGGUCACAAAACACUGAAAUCUCACUUGAUGUCGGCUAUACAAACAGAUAAUAUUGAAGAAGUUGAACGAUUAUUGGAUCAAAACAGCUUCUUGACCAAUGCCGCCACCUGCUAUGAGGUCGAAUACAACCAAGGGUCUAUAGAAUGUCAGGUCCUUCCAGUGACCAUUGCAGCGAAGUUCGGUCGAGUUGCUAUCCUCGACAUGCUAUUAUCCAAUUUCACUGCCAACAUCGAUGCCCCCAUUUACAGCACUGGAAUUUCAUCACUCCAUCUCGCGGCUCAAUAUGGCUGGCUGGUCGCUGUCAGGGUUCUCUUAUCUCAUGGAGCGGAGAUCAAUCGGGCAAACGUAUGGGGAUGGACUGCUUUGCAUUACGCAUCCAGAAGUGGCCACACAGACGUUGUUAUCUCUCUCUUAGAGAACGGGGCAAAUUCUCAGCUCCGAACAGAUAGGAAGUACACGGCGUUCAGCCUCGCGUGUUACCGCGGAAGCCUGGAACUGCUGAAACUUCUCUGGAACCAGGGACCCGAGACGCAAAUUAGCUUGAGAGACCAGCGAGGAAAUCAGCCGUUGCACCAUGCAGCUUUUAAUAAUAAUCACCGGGUCAUUCCAUGGCUCCUGGAGAAGCAAGCAGACAUUGAGGCAUACGGGGAGGGUGGCCUCACACCACUCUGCGCGGCUGCCAUCGCAGGGUCAUUCGAAGCUGCUGAGGCUCUUGUGUCACAAGGAGCAUACAUCCAUGCAAGGUCCAAUAUCGGGAAGGCAACACCAAUGCUUUACGCAAGCCAAAGGUUGGAUUCCCGAUUAUCAGUUCUGCUGCUGGAAGGAGGCGCGUCCCUCUCGGAUACUGAUAAGAGAGGCUAUAACUGCAUUCACCGCAUGCUAGAAAACAAGGGAGGCUCCUUGCAAGAUUUUGCAGAUCUCGUAGCUCUGUCUGUUGGUGGUGGAGCAAAUAUCAAUCAUCUAAGUGAUGGUGAUCUGUCACCUCUUGCAAGUGCAUGUCUUGAAGGCAAAUUAGGGGAGGCCAGGAUCUUGAUUGACUUUGGGGCAGACGUCAACCAAUGCGGCUCAAGUACAGGUGUUACACCGCUUAUUAUGGCCUGCAAAAGGCCAAAGAAUAACAAAGUCAUUGCUAUGUUGCUUGACCGUGGCGCCGACGCUACCAAAACUCACCGUCAUGGAGGGACUGCUUUGUCAAUCGCCUGCCUAGCUGGUGAUUCAGAAAACGUUAAAAUCCUUAUUUCUAGAGGAAGUGACGUUGCUCAUUUUGACAGACACUGCCACACGCCAUUAUUUAAUGCAGCAAUGAAAGGACAUUUCGACAUCAUGCUACAAGUGCUAAGAACAGCAACCUAUUUUCCUUCGAAUCCUAUGAACAAGCGGGCAUUUACAGAUCCCAGAUCAAGCAGGGAAGUCAUCGGAAAAGCGAUUUUGAAAGGCCUCGAACAUCUACGAGACCCGCCGCAAGAAGACCUGCACACGAUCAUGUACUGGGCUGUCGCUAAUGACUACCCUUCCUUGGUUCGAGAGUGCAUCAAGAUCGACAAUUCCAUUGUACAGAAGACCAGAGAAAAGGCUAAUUGGCUUCAUACUGCUGCUCAACAUAGUAGCUCUCGGGUCAUCCCUUUCGUUUCUGAGGCUGGCGUCUCUGAGAUAGCAACAAAUGGAAUCACUGCAAUGCAUUGUGCAGCUGUCUCUGGCAGCCUCGCAACAGCAGAGGAGCUCUUCAAAUUAGUUGUUACAGGAUGCACCGUCAAGACUGCCCACGCAAAGGUUAGGCUUGUCAUGCAACAGAAUGCCUGGGACAAUACCCCGAUUUCUAUGGCAGUGUCGGGUCGACAUAAAGCAGUCAGGGACCUUUUUUGGAAAGAGAUUAGAUGUCUGGGCACAGUCGACAAGGAUUACUUAAGGACCCAUGAGGAACAGGCGGUUGAGAUACUGGAGGUAGUUGCCCGACUCGAGAAGCCAGGACACGAAGAAACCCUGAGGCAUUUACUAGAGCAAUGGUGCAUGCGAGAGCCUGAUCCUCAGAUGACUACUCUCGAACUAGCAGUGCGCUGCUCCCAAGCGACGGCAGUCUGGUGGUUGUUGUCCAACGGGGCUUACUCUUCGAUGGAUAUGUCAGCGCUUGGGGUUAUCUUCGAAUCUAAACCAGGGACCGUCCAUGAAAAGAUCAACGAUAUACUUCGAGACAAUCCGCCUAAUCUGAGGUCCAUCGCAAAUCCGAAUGACGACAGGCCCCCGAAACUGCCACAAUGUCGAGAGGGAUUAGGAGAGACGUUAAACUUGCAUGGCCUUAUCAUCGACACCUGUUCCUGUGGAGCAUACAUAGAGAAGAAAGAGACCAUCAAGAAGAUCAUAUAUGAUGAAGGGCCAACUGGCUUGAUGGGCAAAGAAAGGCACCAUCCACUUCAGCGGUUUCAUGAUUUUAAGGAAUCACUCCCAAAAAUUGGAGAGAAACUACAUGAAGAGGAGCCACCGCUAAGCGAUUCGAGCCACGCAGCCCUCGAUCUGCUAUUUCGCUGGAUCCAUUUACCCGUUGCUGAGAUGCAUCUUAUGAGAGACCUCGCCAACCGGCUGUCACACGACUCGGGUGUUUCAGAAAUGGACCAUGAGUUGAUGAUGCAGCAUUUCAACUCCAGUUGGACUGAGUUAUCUGCUGGAGGAGGAGGGAGCUACAUGAAACCACGGUGCGCUAUCAAGUAUACUAAUAAGCCACUGCACAAUUCGGCGGCAGGGCCGAGGCCUAAGCAGAACAUGCCAUACCUGGCCUUAUAUAUGCCAUAUCUCGGCUUCGGGACCUAUGAGGGCAGCAGUAGCAGCCACAAAGAUCCAUCUGACAUACAAAGAAAAGGAAUUGACGAAUCCAUUCAGAGCCGCAGACUGAGACGAAUCAACCACAGCCGCAUGACCUUGGAUCAGUACUACUACUCGGUGCUCACCGACACAGAUACAAGGGAUCGAGACCAGGUCUUGUCUAAGUUUAUUGACGCUGGCAAUAAGCAGACCUUAGCUACUAACAACAGUUCCUAUGAUCCAACGCCUGGUAGACAACGUCGUCGAAUAUUAAUGGUAGACCAAUUGUGGCUCUGGGUCGUUGAUGAGAAGACUCUCAUUACAGCCACGACAGAGAAGGAGCCUGACAAUCUUCUGGUGGAAACUAUAAGGAAAAACCUGACAGGUGGCGAGACACGAAGCCGUUUUGCACAGCCCCAAUCAAUCCAUAUGUUCAUCGAACAGAUUUUAGGUAUCACGACUGGGUUCUUCGAGUGGCCAAUAGUUGGUCUAAAGACUCCACUAGAUGUCUUUCGAGAGUCCAUUCGAAAAGUGGCAAAUGACGAAGCAGAACUGUUCAAGGUUUUCCAUGAGGCUCUCGAGGCAGAGCGAGGACAGCAACACGAGUCUACACACCGAGCUGGACAUGCAGUCAAGGUGAUGCCAUCAAAUCCAUACCACAUCAUCUCUCCCGAAACUACCCUUUUGGAAAAAAUACGCGAUCUUCGAGAUGAACUUCGGAUACUCAGCACGCUCGCCGAUGACCAAGAUGCUGUCUGGAAACAGAUGUUGCCUUCUUACACGGCAAAUGGCAAACUUCGUUAUUAUUAUCUGUAUACACCAGCGGAUGCCAAGCACGAUCUGGCAGGUUCGAUAGCAGAGGCAGAGACAGCGCAUGACUCUAUUAACUUACUGCUUGAUCUGCGCCAGAAACAAGCCAGCAUAAAAGAAGCCGAGUUCGGUAGGAUUCAAGCUAACGACUCAGCGCGGCAGUCUAACAGCAUACUCAUUUUCACUAUCGUGACAAUCAUAUUCAGAGCACAGCUUCCGCUGUCCUUUCUCUCAUCUCUAUUCGCGCUCGAUGUCUCCAGUUUUCCCCACGAAUCUGGUGAUCUCAAGUAUCAAGGAUGGUGGCUUUUCCCUAUUCUUUUUGGUGUAACCGCUAUCGUCUCUGUUCCAACUAUCAUAUUGGCGUGGAAGAUCAAUAAAGUUUCCGACUGGUGGAACAAGCUAGAGCCUGGGGUUCAAAACGGACCGAGAAUUGAGAGGGAGGCAAACGACAUUGGAAGUCACUCAAGUCGACGGAGGCGAUUCGGUGGUGCUGUGAGGAAGAGAAACACAGGUGGAGAAGGAAUUGCUUGA